GAGAGGCGGGACGCGAUGCAGCUGUCGGCGGGUGUGCGGGAGCGCGUCGCUGCGGUGCAUCGUGGUGCGGGGCUGUCGGAGCUGCUGCAGCGAUACGACGGCUGGGCCGGGCGCUACGAGCGGGAUGUGGCCGCUCUGGAUUACCGAGCUCCCUACCUGGCCGUCGCAUCGCUCGCAUUCGCCUUCCCCUCGCCGCCCGCCGAGGCGCUGGUGCUGGACGUGGCGUGCGGCACCGGGCUCGUAGCGCGGGAGCUGCACCGCCGCGGGUUCCGCCGCCUGCACGGCGUGGACGGCAGCGCCGGGAUGUUGGAGCUGGCGCGGGGCACCGGGCUGUACGUGCAGCUGCAGCGCUGCGUGCUGGGCCGGGAGCCGCUGCCCGCGCCCGCAGGGCGCUACGAUGCCGUGACGCUGGUGGGGGCUCUGGGCGAGGGGCAGGUGCCGAGCUCGGCGCUGCCGGAGCUGCUGCGCGUCACCCGGGCAGGAGGCUUCCUGUGCAUGACCACCCGCUGCAACCCCUCGAACCGGCGGUACCGGGCUGAGCUGGAGGCCGCGCUGCGGGACCUGGAGCAGAAGGGAGCGUGGCAGCGCGUGCUGGAGCAAGAGGUGCCGCGCUGGGAACGGGCCACCUCCGAGGAGGAGGAGAACGGCCCGGGCAGCGGUUACAUCUCUGGCGUGAUCUACAUCUACCGCAAGUGCCCCGUCCCGCCCCCCGAGUUGGGCUGAGACACUCGGAAGGGGCCCGGAGCCGUGCCUGGUGCUGGGUCACCCCGCGGGCGUCCCCCCCGUACCACCCCUCAUGGCACCAGGUUCAAACAACAGGGCUCCUUCCCAGCACCUCCGUUCCUGUCCCCGCUGUGACACCCCUGCAGUGCCAGCCCUGUGUCCUCGCGGUGCCCACCUCCUUCACCGCCUGGAUCCUGCCCCAUCACCUUGUUCCAGACCCCAGCUCCACACCUGGGGGGUUUCCCAUGGCCACGUCCUGCAGUGAUCCCCCCCCCCCCAUGCCCUGCAAACCGAGGUGACAGAGACUGACCACACCAGGAGCAGUGUGACAGCACGACGCCCGCCCAGGGAAGUUUCCAAGCACCGUCAGCCUUUCAUCCCACCUGCUUAAGCCCUUAUUUUCCUAUGGCUUUGUAGCUAAUGGGCUGGGUGGGAAAUGAACCUGGAAGAGGCUUCAGGGUGGCUGUUCCCCACCCUGGAGCCACCCGGCAUCUCCUGCCCAUCCUGUUCCCUGCUCCCCUCUGUGCUGCCUCCAGCCUUUCCUCCUCCGCUGCUUCCUUGGGAAGUUUUUUACCCAAAUCUCGCACUGGAAUCUUUUUGUUUUCCUUCCCACAGACCUGCUGCUGCUUGUCGCGUUCCCAUGGAUGUGAGGAGCAUCCAUGUGAUUUCCUCUCGCCGCAGCUCAGCCCCUUGGAGCAGUGGCUCAGCAGCUGUCGGGGCACACAGCCCUUCAUGCCCACCUCAGUGCCACCACUGCAGGAGCUGAGCCCACAGCUUUGGGGCAUCCCAGCACCCCAUGCUGGAUGUGCCGAAUGCAUUUUGUCUGCAGCACACGUCAUCCUCCCUGGCUCUGGUGUGCAUUGUGUCCCCAUGUCCUGGUGCUGUGGUGCCAGCCCCCUCCUCCCCUCAGUGCCACUGUCCCUUUGUCCCCAGCACUGCCCCUGAGCUAAGUGGCCAGGAGCCUUGGCUGUCCCUGCCCUGUGCUUGGCUAAUGAAUAAACCCCAUGUGCACUGUG